AUGAAGCUGCAGCUGCCCAACCCCGACCUGGACUCCAGGGUCCUGAGCCACCAGGAGCUGGAGGUGCUGGAGACCACGGAGGCUGGGGACCGCCCCAAGUGGGACAACAAGACCCAGUACAUGCUGACCUGCGUGGGCUUCUGCGUGGGGCUGGGGAACGUCUGGCGCUUCCCCUACCUGUGUCAGAGCCAUGGAGGAGGAGCGUUCAUGAUCCCGUUCCUCAUCCUACUAGUCGUGGAGGGAAUCCCCCUGCUCUACCUGGAGUUUGCGAUUGGCCAGCGCAUAAGAAGGGGCGGUCUGGGGGUGUGGUCUACGAUCCAUCCCUAUUUGUCGGGCAUUGGCGUGGCCUCUAUGUGUGUGUCGCUGCUCAUCAGCCUCUACUACAACACCAUCAUCGCCUGGAUCCUCUGGUACCUGUUCAACUCCUUCCAGGACCCCCUGCCCUGGAGCCAGUGUCCCCUCAACGCCAACGCAACAGCCCUGCUGUCUGAGUGUGCGAGGAGCUCCUCGGUGGACUACUUCUGGUACCGGGAGACCCUGAACACCACCGCCUUCCUCGAGGACGACGGGGGGCUGCAGUGGUGGCUGGUGGUCUGCCACAUCAGCGCCUGGGCGCUGCUCUUCCUGUGCAUCAGCCGCGGCAUCGAGACCUCUGGGAAGGCGGUGUACGUGACGUCCACCCUUCCCUACCUGGUGCUCACCAUCUUCCUGAUCCGGGGACUGACCCUGAAGGGCUCUCUGGACGGGAUCAAGUUCCUCUUCACUCCCGACCUGGCGGAGCUGGCCAAGGCCUCCACCUGGCUGGACGCAGGGGCCCAGGUCUUCUACUCCUUCUCCCUGGCCUUCGGGGGCCUCAUCAGCUUCUCCAGCUACAACUCUGUUCAUAAUAACUGUGAACAGGAUGCAUUGAUCAUCUCCGCCAUCAACGGCUUCACCUCCGUGUACGCGGCCACCGUCGUCUACUCCAUCAUCGGCUUCAGGGCGACAGAGAGAUUCGAUAGCUGUGUUUCCGGAAACAUUCUAGCAUUGCUGAAUGGGUUUGAACUUCCAGAAGGCAGCAUCACAGGGACCAACUACGAUCAAAUCUUCACAGAGCUAAACCAAACAAAUUCUGCUCUCAUAGACACACUGAGUCUGAAAACAUGCAGCCUAAACACAUUCCUCAGUGAGGGAGUGGAGGGAACCGGCCUAGCCUUCAUCGUGUUCACGGAGGCCAUCACCAAGAUGCCCUUCUCCCCACUGUGGGCGGUGCUCUUCUUCAUCAUGCUCUUCUGUCUGGGCCUCUCCUCCAUGUUCGGGAACAUCGAGGGGGUCCUGGUUCCCCUGCAGGACCUCAAGCUCUUCCCCAAGAAGUGGCCCAAAGAGGCUGUCACCGGUGUUACCUGUCUGCUGUGCUGUCUGCUGGGGCUGAUAUUCGUUCAGGGUUCAGGGAACUACUGGCUCUCUCUGUUCGACGGCUACGGCGGCUCCGUCUCUCUGCUGGUAGUGGCCUUCUGCGAGAUGGUCUCUGUUGUCUACAUAUACGGGAUAGACAGGUUCAACGAUGACAUCGUCUUCAUGAUCGGCCACAAGCCAAACAUCUUCUGGCAGAUCAUGUGGAGGGUCAUCAGUCCGGCUGUCAUGCUCUUCAUCCUCAUCGCCUUCAUCGUGGACAAAGUCUCGGAAGACCUCAUCUACAAAUCCUGGGAUCCUGAAUCGGACGUUUUCCCUGCCCUGGUGGAAUACUCCUAUCCCUCCUGGAUCUACGCGGUCAUCAUCGCCUUAGCAGGGAUUCCCAGUCUUUUCAUACCAUGUAUCGCCAUUUUUAAAUGUCUCAGAAACCUAAAAAGGAACAAAUCAGACAUAGAGGAGCUCCAAGCUGCCAAAAUAUGUUCAACUUUAAAGGUUAUUAGUUCCACUGAUAUCAUGUUCUAG